UUUACAGUGGCGCCUAUCGAAAAUGGCCGAGAUGUUCCGAUCGGCCCAUAUGGAGAUUUCGCGGAAAAAAAUGAAAUAAUAAUGAUAAAAACAGAAACAAUUGUGUUUUGUCAACUGUCAUAAGAGAGAUGCAUUAAAUGUAAGUUAAAAUCAAUACAAUGAGAACUGUUUCACUGACUUGGUGUCUGUUGAGAUACACAUUGCGAAAAAGUGUGCAUACAGAAAGUAUUGUUUGUCUGAGUACAGUUCCUCCUGACUUUAAUAUAAAUGAAAUUGUCAACCUAAAUAAAAAAGUUAAGUCUAAGACUAGGAAAGUGGCAAAAGCUCCACAGCUUACAAAAGCAGCAGCAUCAAAGACUGUUAAAGACCCUAACCAUGAGAGCCCAAAACUAAAAGCUGUUCCUGAGUGUUUCUCGUUUGUGCUGGACAUGCCGUUGUAUAGUGGUAUGGAGGUGGAUCAAAAUCGAGCGUUGGAGUUCAGGGAGGUAAUCGAGGAGCUGAACAUCAAUUAUCUCCCCUCAGUCAGCACUAUCAUCACCCAGACACAACCAAGCGCACAAAAAGCAGCCCUUGACCGAUGGCAAAAGCAGAAAACAAAGGAACUUGGAGGAGAGGAGCAGUUUGAGGCUUACAAACAAGAAAUCUUUGACACUGGUUCAAGCUUGCACAAAGCGAUUGAGCUGCGUUUGCAGGGAGAGACAGAGAUUACUGUUAGUAACAAGAGUGGGGGACACUGGGAAAGUGUACAGAGGGCUCUUGGUGAAGUGUCCGAUGUUAAGGUGAUUGAGACAGCAUGUGUUCACCAAGAUGUCUUCUAUCAAGGGAAAUUUGACUGCGUGGCAAAGCUCAGGGACACGCUGUGCCUUAUUGAGUGGAAGACGUCCAGUAAGCCAAAACCUUUGUUGUCCAGCACGUACGACAACCCCCUACAGGUGGCAGCCUACAUUGGAGCAGUCAACAGGUCCCAACUUGUCAAACAGUGCCAGGUGGAGAAUAUUACGAACGGUGCCCUGGUGAUAGCGUACCCAAGUGGUGAGCCAGCAACUGUACACAUGAUGAGCAAGAAACAGGUUGAGCGAUACUGGGCUCGCUGGAAUGAGCGCCUCUUCCAUUAUUGGUGCCAGCGAUACGCACAGGCACAGGAAAUGGCCAGAUAGACUUGUGUUUUAUUCAGAAGACUUAGGUUUUAUCAUCAAAGAAAUGAAAGCAGAAAGAAUCUGGGUUACACAUAAUUAUCUCCGUAAGUCUUUUGUUUAUAUCUUUACAAAACCAUUAAGGGAUUUAUUCCGCCAUGAGAAAUGUUAACCUAUUGUUAUGGCUAUUGACUGAGUGAAAAUUUCUAGUGGGCUGGAAUAACCUUUUUGCUGUGCAUUGGUGCUUUCAAGGAAAAGAGGACAGCUUACUGUACAUUAUGAGUCUACUUGUACUACCUGUGUUCUAGAGACGCAUUUCAAGUUAUCAAAAGUGUUCGUUCUUUACUGGCUUAAGGCAUAAUAAUUGUUAUACAUAUAUUAAUGGUUGUGAAUUGAUUGAGAAGGUAGUAAUUGUUCAUGAUAAUCAAUUAGGGCAUUUAGGUAUCUCUAAUUUUCUUUAUAUCUCACUUGAGCACAAAUUACUGCUGGUGAGCUUUAGUCAUCGCUUGUAGUCUGUCAUCAACAUCUAGUGUAUUUUUUGGGGCCCAUUCCCCUGAAAAAGUAUAUAUUUUCCCCUACCCAGGUAAAAUAAUCCCCUUUAAAAAAGGCAUUGUCCUCUAAAAAUUUAGCAAAUGCAGCAAUUAACUGCCCUUCAUAAAUAUGAAGAUAGUUUUGUUGAAUGAAAAUUUGAAUAUUAUAUGAAUCAUGUUUAGUAGUAUUUUUGCCAAAAUGGCACUAUUUUUCUCCUGUCAAAGAGCCCCGCCACUAUUCCCUUAAACAUGAAAAAUAAACACUGACAUCACUCUAGAAAGCACAUUUUCUACACUGUUUAAAUGGUUAUCUCUUUGAAAUCUUAUGUGUGUUUCGCAUACUGUUAAAGCGAGCUUUUUGGAAAUAUCUUUGUUGUUCAAUAUUUUUCUAUACAAAUUUAAGGAGACAUUUAUUUAUGGAUCAUGACAGUACUUAGAGGAAUUUUGAUAUUGAUUUUGGAAUUCAGAUUUUUAAACAAGAAGUUUAUUUUGUUACAGCCUUUUUGCAUGCAAAGCCUUAAUAUAUUUUUCAAAAAAUGCAAAUGACAUACUAUAGUCGAAUGAUCAAGCUCAUUUAAGACAUUUAACAAGUCAUUUUUGAAUCAUUUCUGCUUAUUUAUUGGUCAUUGCCAUUUAUUUAGAAAAAAUCUUCUUAACUUUCCAGUGGGCCACAGUUUAGUGGCAACAAUCCCCCGUCUUAGUUGGAAUAUUUGCCUGAUUUAAGUCUAAGUCCAUUACCAAAUUCAGUAUUCAAGAAGUAGGUCACUAGAUAAAUUAUUUCAAGACCCUUAGUUAAAUUGUACACAGACCACAUAUUCUAGCCAGGCUCAUGGAACUCAUAAGAAUGAUUGUUAUGGAUAUAUAGUUCAGUUCUUUGAAAGCUUGUUCUACUAUGGUACUCUUGUGAACCAUAUAGGGCCCUAAUUAAAUUGUUUCACUAUGGAUUUAUGCAAGUAAUGUGUUCAUUUUGUUAAACAGGGCAUUGUCAAACUUAUUUUUGGAAACAUUCGGAAGGUGCUAGUUAUUUUAUUUUUGACAAAAACAGUAUUGUACAGAUGUAAAAAAAAUGUGUUCUCAAUUCGAUUUAGUUUCUAAAGUAUACAAAAAUGGACUAAUGAAUUGUAAAUGCCUUGCGAUAAAGAAAUUGAGUUUAAAAGUUGAAAGUAUAUAGAGCUUGUAGGAAUAUAACUCCAUGCUUUGAAUAUUAGUAUACAGCAUUUACAACAUUGUAUGAUAAAAAAUAAAAGAUAUAUGAUGAAUUAUUUUGUUAUUGAUUUAUUCUUAGUAACAUAAAAGUAAACACCAAUGUGGUAAUAUCCCAUUUUUCACCCAUUGAUUCU